AUGUACAAAAAAACUCAAAAACAACAAUCAUUGAACAAAGAAAUCGCGAUCAGAGGAGAAGAACCGAGUAGAAGGAGAGCUGGAAAUCAAAGAAACUCACCCAUGAUUGAAUCAGAAGGAGAAUUGAAGGAAACGGAACCAUUACAAAUAUUGGUGCAGAGCAAUGGGCAUUGGGAUGACAACAGAAACUAUGUUGAUUAUGAAUCAAGUGGAGAAUUAAUUUCGACCAAGUGCACUUUUGAGGAACUAAUGAGAAUAAUGAUGGAAGAACUCCAAUGCAACCAUGAAUCAACACAACUACAACUGAAAUAUCAACUGAAGGAAGGAGGCCAACCACUACAAAUCAAGGAUGACAAAAGUCUGUUGUUCUACAUAAAGCUAUUAACGAAGGAGGUUGAUUUCACAAGGUACCCAUUGUGUGUGAACAAAACCAGUAACACGGCACCACCUAACCAAACAAUGGUGUGGAACAAUAUGAUCAUGGAAUCGUAUGAGAACAACGCAGCACAGGAAGACUUGCAGCAACCUGGAAACAACACGGCAACAACUUCCAAGCAACAACUAUCUGCGCAGACGAUGGGAUCUGGUGAAGUUGAUGCAUUUUUCCUAGAAACAGUAACAGUGUCAUCGAAUCAACCAUACAACAACCGGACAACAACGAGAGAAAAAACUACGACGGUAGAUGAAGAUUUUGACUUCACCGACUAUGCAAAGCUUGUGGCUGCGAAAUGGUACGGACAACUAGAAAACAACCGGGAAGAAGAAGAGGAAGUGGACAACACGAAAUGA